CUUUACGGUGCGGCGUGCUGCUCGUGUUACCGGCAUGGGCCCCUCGCCACCGCUGCUGAUUCUGCCGCUGCUCCUGUCUGGCCCGUGGCUCGAGCUAGGGAAUGGGCAGGCUACUAGCAUGGUCCAGCUACCAGGUGGGAGAUUCCAGAUGGGAACAAAUUCACCAGAUGGCAGAGAUGGUGAAGGGCCUGUCCGGGAGGUGACAGUAAAACCCUUUGCCAUUGAUAUAUUUCCUGUCACCAACAAAGAUUUCAGGGAGUUUGUCAGGGAAAAAAAGUACCGGACAGAGGCUGAGAAGUUUGGGUGGAGUUUUGUCUUUGAGGACUUUGUCUCGGAUGAGCUUAGAAACAAAGUGGCCCAUCAGAUGGAGUCUGUUCUCUGGUGGCUUCCAGUGGAAAGGGCAUUCUGGAGACAGCCUGCAGGUCCUGGCUCUGGCAUCCGAGAGAGACUGGAGCUCCCAGUGGUACACGUGAGCUGGAAUGACGCUCGUGCCUACUGUGCUUGGCGGGGGAAACGGCUGCCCACCGAGGAAGAGUGGGAGUUUGCUGCCCGAGGGGGCUUGACGGGUCAGGUUUAUCCAUGGGGAAACCAGUUCCAGCCAAACCGCACCAACCUGUGGCAGGGAAAGUUCCCCAAGGGUGACAAAGCUGAGGAUGGCUUCCAUGGAGUCUCCCCAGUGAAUGCUUUCCCCCCACAGAAUAACUAUGGGCUCUAUGACCUCAUGGGCAACGUGUGGGAGUGGACGGCAUCACCGUACCCGGCCACUGACCAGGACAUGCGUGUCCUCCGGGGGGCAUCCUGGAUCGACACAGCUGAUGGCUCCGCCAACCACCGGGCCCGGGUCACCACCAGGAUGGGCAACACUCCAGAUUCAGCCUCAGACAACCUUGGCUUCCGUUGUGCAUCCAGUGCAGGCCGACUGCCUGGGGAGUUGUGAACAGCUAUGCAGAGCCAAAGAGAAGAGCCCCAUGGUGCCCGUGCCACUCCCUGGCCACGUUCCAGACACAGCCAAACUCCAGACUCUUAAACUUUAGCCUCAGGAAUGACCUCCUACCCCUCUUCCAUUCCUCUGUGGCAGGCAUCUCUCACCAGGCCAGGAGAGGACUCUAACCUCAGAGGAGGGGUGCCACUGUCUCCUGGAGAAGGGGCCCAACUUAUUGAUUGUGGCCAAGAGCUGGGUGUUUCUCUUAGAGGUCAGAUAUUAACUGUAUAGGGCCCAGUACUCAAACAAUUGGGCCAGAGUGCUCUGAAAGGCACUUUGUUAAAAAUUUUAAAUCAAUGUUUGAUUCAGGGAUCCAACAUUGUUUUCUCAAGGCAGAAUUUCACCAUUUCUCUUUGUUUUCCAAGCAAAUUGCUGUAGAAGGAAAAUACUGCUUUCAUUCACCUCAUUUGUAGUGUUUCACAUGCCUCUGAAGGAACCUAAUUUCUGCUAACCGUACACAGAAUGCAGUAACCAGGCUCUUUAAAGCACAAUGUCAGUCUUAAAAGGGUCUAGGGGAGCCGAAUUAUUUACCAGACAAAACUGUAUUGUGAGAGUCACAAAGUAAAUGAUAUUCCAGACAGACAAAUACCAGAACCUUCCCUUUCUAUUGUUAAUCAGAUCAGGGCUCCCAUAUGCCUCUAAACAUAUGUCCCUAGAAAAGAACCUGCUCCCAUGGUGCCACUGGAUGUUGUGAGGUCAGUAAAACCUCUUGUGAUUGUA